UUGUAUCAUAAGCUUAUCAAUAUAAUGUCCACGGUACUAAGGUGUAGCGGAUAUUGGCCAACAACUUCAUCCGCCGCACCGAUUUUAAAAAUUUUUAAUUUUAUGCUACGUUUCUUUAACUUUGGUGUUUUUCUGUGCUUAACGGCCGUCAUAAUCGGUGAUGCAAUCACCAAUUUCAAUAAUUUAUCACUCAUUACAGAUAACUUAUGUUUUUCGAUUGGCUGCUUUGAAGCUGCGGCAAAAGCAUUCAGGUUUUAUAGUGAAUAUGACAAUAUUGUUUUACUGAUCAAUUAUAUUUAUGAACCCUUCGAUAAACUUCAAAAAAUGGGUAAUAUCGAAGUGAUGACAAAACUUGACAACUUAGCAAGAUUUGAACUAAAACAAAUAUCUAUAGUGACUGGCAUCGUUAGUAUAUUAGCAUUGUCUCGUAUCUUUGGAGCUGAUAUAGGAAAAAAAGAAUUUCCAAUCCGUGCUUAUUUUCCAUUCGAAGCAUACACAUCACCACGAUAUGAAUUAUUAUACGUCGCAAUAACCUACGGUGUUUUCUGUGUAGACUUUACCUUGCUCGUAAUCGACAUGAUGAUCGUUGUGAUAAUGAGGUACUUGACCUUCCAAUUGAAAAUAUUGUUAGCUAAUUAUAAACACUGUCACGUUAAAUCGAUCAAAGAAACCAAAGACAAUUUUUCAUCUGGCAUGAAAAUAAUUAAAAAUUAUCACGCAAUAACAAAUACUACUGAUGAUGAUGAGAAUGGUGAUGAUCAAGCAAAGGACGACAUACAAAAUUUUGUUAUUUUUGAACUUAAUAAAGAAGAUGUUAACGAAAUAAAUAAUUUUGAUUGGAGAUUUAAGCAGUGUGUCAUACACCAUCAAAAGCUAGUCAAUAUGAUGACGAUUCUUAACAACAGCUUCAGUUUUUGUGUUGUUGUUCAGAUUAUGGGCAGUAUUGUAUUACUUUGUCUGAACGGUUUCCAAAUUUUAUUAGGUAAAGACGACAGCCAUCUAUUUUUACGGCGAGUUAUGGCUAUAACUGCUGUAAUACUUCAACUAUAUUUUUGGUGCUGGUAUGGUAACAACAUGAGCACCGAAGCAGAUGCACUGACUUAUCAUCAAUGGAUGUGUGGUUGGGAAAAUGAAUUCAGACGAGGUAUCAGCAAUUCCGUAACUACAUCUAUGAUUCUAUCACUACGAUCACUAGAUCUCCGGGCAAUGGGCCUGGUUCCUUUAUCUCUGCAAACAUUCAUCUCUGCUAUCAAAAACUCAUAUUCAGUGUUGGUACUUCUACUAACCGUAGUCGACGAU